AUGUCGGAUACCACUGCCAUUAAUAAUAGUAAUAAGAAUAGAUCUUCCACAGACAUUGGUGCCCAGCCUAAAUCUUUUUUAACUACAAGAGACGAACAAGAAGAAGAACAGAUAUUACAAUUUAACGCAAACGAAGAACCUGCUCCAAAAAUGCAAGGAGAAACUAAUGAAAAUAAUAAUAAUAAUGGAGCCCAAGAUACAACAAGUAGUGGCAACAUUCACUUGGGAUCCUCUGGUUCGUGUACAUCUUCUAGUGCCAUCGAUGAACCAUUAGAAUACGGUGGAGGUUUAAGUCAAAAGGAAACCGCCAGCUCUACUGGUUUAAAUCCAGAAGAAGAACUGUCCAUCCAUAGAACGGCCACUAUUACUUCAGCUGCAGAAACGCAAAUUGCCAUCAAUAGAAAAUUAUCACAUGUCUUAACUGGUGGUAACGUAGAUGAUGAAGAACGUAUUGGUGUAGAUUACUCCGGUUGUUUACCUAUGGGUGGUAAUAGAGAUUAUCCUCCAGAAUUACCAGAUAGAGAUCAAUUUGAAGUCACAUUUGAUGGUCCUAAUGAUCCAUUACAUCCAUUCAAUUGGCCUAUGAAAAAGAAAGUUAUAUUAUGUGUUGUCUUAUGUUUAGAUUGUAUUGGUAUUUCUAUGGGGUCUUCAAUUUUCGGUUCAGCAGUCUUGCAAAUUUGUGAAAUUUAUGAUGUUAUUCAAGUUGUUGCCAUCUUAGGUAUUACACUUUAUGUCUUAGGUUUUGCCGUUUCACCAGUUAUUUAUGCUCCAUUAUCUGAAAUUUAUGGUAGAAGAGGUGUCUUGGUCAUAUCUGCAUUUGCAUUCUGUAUAUUCCAAUUUGCUGUGGCUACUGCAGAGAAUCUUCAAACUAUUAUGAUUUGUAGAUUUUUCAGUGGUGUUAUUGGGUCUGCUCCAAUGGCAGUUGUUCCAGCUGCAUUUGCUGAUAUGUUUGAUACUAAUUUAAGAGGUAAAGCUAUUUGUUUAUUCUCACUUUUCGUUUUCGUCGGACCAAUCUUGAGUCCUGUUUUCGGUUCAUAUAUGGCCCAACGUACUACAUGGAGAUGGUUAGAAUAUGUUGUUGGUAUUUUCGCAGGUGUUGUUUUCGUUUUAAUUGUGUUAUUUUAUGAGGAAACUCAUCAUCCAAGUAUUUUAGUUAACAAAGCUAAACAAAUGAGAAAGCAAUCUAAUAACUGGGGGAUUCACGCAGCACAUGAAAAUGUGGAAUUAUCCAUUAAAGAUAUUAUUCAAAAAACUGUUACUAGACCAAUUUUCAUGUUAUUCACUGAACCAAUGCUAUUGAUUAUUACCAUUUAUAAUUCAUUUGUUUAUGGUAUCUUAUACUUAUUAUUGGAAGCUUAUCCAAUUGUCUUUGUGGAAGGUUAUGGAUUUAUUGAGAACGGUGAAUUACCAUACAUUGCAUUAAUUGUUGGUAUGCUUGUUUGUUCAUUUUUCAUUUGGUAUAUGGAUACUGAUUAUUUAAAAAGAUGUGCCAAGAAAGGUGGGUUAGUUCCAGAGGCAAGAUUAUUGUUAAUGAUCUUACCUAGUAUAUUUUUCCCCAUUGGUAUUCUAUGGUUCUGUUGGACAGGUAACUAUCCAGAAAAGAUUCAUUUCAUGGUUCCAACUGUUGCUGGUGGGUUUAUUGGGUUUGGGUUAAUUGGUAUAUUUUUGCCAUGUUUAAAUUACAUCAUUGAAUCAUAUUUGUUAUUAGCUGCAUCAGCUGUUGCAGCAAACACGUUUUUAAGAUCUGGAUUUGGUGCAGUUUUCCCAUUGUUUGCGGGAUAUAUGUUCCAUAAUCUAGGUAUCGGUUGGUCUGGUUUAGUUCUUGGUUUGUUUGCCGCUGCUAUGAUUCCAGUCCCAUUAUUGUUAUACAAGUAUGGUGCUGGUAUCAGAAGAAAAUCUAAGCUUGCAUACAACGGUUAA